AGUGCCGUGGGGCGUGCGCCGGGCGUGCGCCCCGGGCGUCCCCUGCGGCGCCAUGUGGCGCCUGGUGUGGCUUCUCAGCUGCGGCCUCGGUGGGGCUCUGAGACCUGCCGAGCCGUCGAGGGCGGGCGCUGCACUUCUGACGGCCGGGACGGCCUCCUUUCCGGUCCCUGAUGGUCUGCUCUUCGACCGGCUGCCGAUGAGCCAGGUGGAGCAAGCUUUGGGCCGUGUGGCGGCGCAUUUGAAGCUGAUCUUCCUGCCGGAGCUAGUGACGAUGAUGCUCUUCAUGCUCACGUUGCUUUGUGCUACGGCUUGUGGGAAAUGGUUGGAUGAAGAGCCCGCUGAAGGCCCCGACGGGCGUCGUCGUCGGCGCCGGACCUUCAUCAUCGUGGAGGGAAACGAGGUUGCCUACGACUCUCAGGUGGCGGAUUUUGCGAUCCCAGUGCGUCGCAUCAGGAGAGCACCGUCUGUGAGGUCCACGGUGAGAUCGCAAGCGGAUCGGCAUUUCCAUGUUGCGUCUGACAGAGUCAGUAUUAAUAUCUUUCUGCUCUCUUGUGGGGAGCUUGUAGGUGGCACAACUAGCCGUAACUACCCAACAGAUUCACAGCUUGCCCCUGGAGUUACCACCUUUUUCUAGAAGCAUGUCGUUGAGCACCUUGGGUAGGUCCUAUCGCUUCUCUUGCGAAGCCCUUCACCUGGCCAGUAGCUUGUCGCAACUGAUGCAAGAAUACUAUCGACCCGAAAGGGUCGACGACCUCUGCCACUUCGUUGGGGAAGCCCAGUGGCCGCGAUGCGCACUGGCUCACUGCUCGGAUUUUCAAAUCCCAAUCUGGGGGUGUAUUACCACAAGGAGACCUCCUAAAGCAGUCCUGGAAGAAGGAAAAUACAGCAAAAGCAAUGAAAUACACACCCAUCUGGGCUUUUUGCAGGUGACACCGAUGGCUUCACAUGUUUCAAAGUGGCACCUCAUCGUAUGGUCUGAAGCAGUUUGCACCCAUGGACACCACGGGAAUUUCCCGGGAUGUACCUGUUCUGUCUAUUUUUGGGGUGACACAGUGACACACACACACACAGCCAGAUGGGCUUCAGCGCCCCAGCUGAAAAGUCCUCAUCCAGGCUCGAGACGGUGGCGUCCGCAGUAGCAUCUGAGACGUCCGCGGACUUUGUGUCCGUUGCUGGGCAGGACCGUGUUGACACAGUGAGAUGUAUUCAAACAGGACAUCCCACUGCAGCAGCUACUAGCUCUAGGUCUUUUAGCCCGACUCGCCCGCAUUCUCGGGAUCUGCGCCGGGCCGCUGGCACGUCUGAGGCGAGCCCUGCUGCCUGAGAGCAGCUGUCGGCUCUGUGGGAGGGUUUUCUUCGAUUUCGACCCAGAAGUCUCGUGGCUGGUGGCGCAGAGGUCC